AUGGGUGUUAAAUAUCUUUGGUCAAUUUUAGAACCUGCAUGUAAACAAGGUUCAUAUGAUGAUUUAGCAGGAAAAACAGCUGCAGUAGAUUUAAGUAUUUGGAUUAUUGAAUGUCGAUCGGUAUCAACAAAUCAUCGAAAUUCACUUCAUUUAAGCCUAUUAGCCAAUAAAGAAAAUUAUGUCAUUCACGGAACAUCAAUUACAUUCGAAACAUUACAAAGAGAAAACAUAACAAGUCAACAAUUAUAUUUAUUAUCUGCACCUAUCGAUGUUGUUGAACGAUAUCAAGCAUUUCUCGAAAACUCACAGUCGUCUUCAUCAACACAAAUAUUUAACAAUUGUUCAGAACUGUGGUUUGGUGAGUAUUGUCAAUAUUCGUUUAAUUUAACGUGGUCAUUCUAUGAUAUUGUAUCGGCUGAUUUCUCUCAUGAGUCAGUUGAACUAAAUGAAUUCUCUAAGUAUGGAACAUGUUAUACAUUCAUAGAAUGUAAUCGCGGUCCAUCGCCAUCCUGUAUCGACUGGCGUGAAAUAUGUGAUGGAAAGAUUGAUUGUUUGGAUGAUGGUCGAGAUGAAAUUGAUUGUGAACAGUUACAUAUGAAUGAAUGCAAAGAAGAUGAAUUUCGUUGUAGUAAUGGAUUUUGUAUUCCAAAAGAAUUUUUCAAUGAUGAGCCUGAUUAUCCGGAUUGCAUUGAUCGUUCGGAUGAACAGUAUAGUUACAGCGAAGAUGAAUCAUCGGGCAAUAAAGGAUGCUACGGGAAUUCACUAUUUAUUUGUGAAGAGACAAAAUGUCGAAAUGAACGUAUGCUGCCGUGUGGUGAUGGAGAAUGUACCAGUGAUCGAUGUGGGAAUAGACGCAGCGAUGUAUUAAGCAGAGUAAAAUUAUCUCGACAUGAAAAUCUUCAUUUAUCUUUGGAUUGUUGGAGAAGUUUAAUUUGUUUGAGAGCUCCGUUUUUUGAUCUUGGAAAUCUCUGGGAUCAAGUUAAAUGUUUUGAUCGCGAUGAUAAUGAAAAAAUCUUUCGAAAUAGCUGUCUUUCAUUCUUCUUCUUUCCUGCUCAACCGGUACUGCUGGGCCAUGUUUAUUUUGCCUAUUUGAAUAAUCAAUCAAAUAAAUAUGAGCGCGGUGUUCUUUUACCUCAUUAUAUUUGUUAUGAUCAAGAACUCUGUGAAUGGCUUCCAGCUACUGUAUUGAUUGAUGGCGCAACUUGCCGACACUUCUUUGAACUGGAUAUACGUAAAUCAUUGCUAAAUACAGAGACUUUGCAAAGUCGGAUACUAGAAUUUUUUCUCAAAUGUUCGACGACAAAUAUUACUUAUGUUAACUGUCCAAAAUCAAAACCAUAUCGAUGCGCAAAUUCUUCAAAAUGUAUUGCUUUAAAUCGACUUGUUGAUGGUUUUUUGGAUUGUUUUCAAGGAGAUGAUGAACAAAUCACAAAUAGUUGCGAGUUGUGA